AUGGAUCAUUCCUCAUUCAGCGGCGCGCCCCGAUUCCUGACCCGGCCUAAGGCCUUCGUGGUGUCGGUGGGUAAGGACGCCACGCUAAGCUGCCAGAUCGUGGGCAACCCCACGCCGCAGGGCAAGCACGCGCGCCUCAGCUGCUACGUGACGGGCGAGCCCAAGCCCGAGACCGUGUGGAAGAAGGAUGGGCAGCUGGUGGCCGAGGGCCGGCGACACCUGGUGUACGAGGACGCGCAGGAAAACUUUGUGCUCAAGAUCCUCUUCUGCAAGCAGUCGGACCGUGGCCUCUACACGUGCACAGCGUCCAACCUCGUGGGCCAGACCUACAGCUCCGUGCUGGUCGUUGUGCGAGAGCCCACAGUGCCCUUCAAGAUGAGGCUGCAGGACCUGGAGGUGCAGGAGAAGGGGUCGGCCACGUUUCAGUGUGAGGUGCCGCUGCCGACCACGGAGGCCGUGUGGUACAAGGAAGAGACACGGCUGUGGGCCAGCACCAAGUAUGCCAUCGAGGAGGCGGGCACAGAGCGCCGGCUCACUGUCCACAAUGCUUCCACUGACGAUGACGCGGUGUACAUCUGUGAGAUGGCUGAGGGCAGCCGCACGGUGGCCGAGCUCGCAGUACAAGGCAACCUCACCCGAAAGCUCCCGAGAAAGACAGUGGUGCGAGUGGGGGACACUGCCAUGUUCUGCGUAGAGCUGGCCAGGCCAGAGGGCCCAGUCCACUGGCUUCGGAAUCAUGAGGAGGUGGUGGCCGGGGGCCGAGUAGCCAUCACCACUGAAGGCACAUGCCACACGCUGACCAUCUCCAAGUGCAGCCUGGAGGAUGUGGGUGAGGUGGCCUUUGUGGCUGGGGACUGCCGGACGUCCACUCAGUUCUUGGUGUCAGCCCCCAGGAAGCCACCACCACACACCCCUGAGGCCCCUGUGGUGAAGGCCAAGACAGAGAGUUCCGUGACUCUCAGUUGGUCCCCACCCCAUGGGGACCGCCCUGUCACCAUUGAUGGCUACGUGGUGGAGAAGAAGCGAUUGGGCACCUACACCUGGAGCCGAUGCCAUGUGGCCGAGUGGGUGGCUACACCUGAGCUGACUGUGGACUGUGUGGCUGAGGAGGGGGACUUCCAGUUCCGUGUGUCAGCUGUAAACAGCUUUGGCCAGAGCUCCUACCUUGAGUUCCCGGGGACUGUCCACCUGGCACCCCAGCUGGCUGUGAAGACACCUCUGAAGGCAGUGGAGGCAGUGGAGGGCAGUGAGGUGACCUUCUCUGUGGACCUCACUUUGGUCUCUGUGGGCGAGUGGUUCCUGGAUGGGCAGGCCCUGAAGGCCAGCAACACAUAUGUGAUCCGCUGCGAGGGCACACGGCAUGUCCUCACCAUCCGCUCAGUACCUGCCAGCCUGCAUGGUGCUGAGCUCAAGUUUGUGGCCAAUGGCAUCGAGAGCAGCAUCCGCAUGGAGGUCCGAGGGCUGACCACCAAGCAUCCAACAGAAGUUCGGGAGGUGCUGGCCCGACUACAUGAGGAGGCACAGCUCCUGGCAGAGCUGUCAGACCAGGCUACGGCUGUCACGUGGCUCAAGGACGGCCGAGCACUGCCCCCAGGCCCCAAGUACAAGGUGCAGGCUUCCGCAGGACAGCGGGCACUGCUGGUGCGGGAUGUGGCGCGGGACGACGCUGGCCUGUAUGAGUGUGUCAGCCAUGGGGGCCGCAUCGCCUACCACCUGUCAGUUCAAGCUGCCCUCGCAGGACUCACACCCUUUCUGCACAAAGACUCGGCGGGUGGCUGCGUGGACACGGUGGCCGGGGGUCCGGCCCACUUUGAGUGUGAGACUGCGGAGGCCCAUGUGCCCGUGCGCUGGUUCAAGGAUGGCUUGGAGCUCGGCCACUCCUCGCACUUCUCACAGGAGGAUGUGGGCACACGGCAUCGACUGGUGACCAACUCAGUCACCAGGCAAGACGAGGGCACCUAUUCAUGCCGCGUGGGCGAGCACUCGGUGGAUUUCCAGCUGCGUGUCUGUGAGCCCACGGUGGUGUUUGCCAAGGAGCAGUCGGCACACAGCGAGGUGAAGGCCACGGCCGGGGCCAGUGCCACACUGAGCUGCGAGGUGGCCCAGGCUCAGACGCAGGUGACGUGGUACAAGGAUGGCAAGAAGCUGAGCGGGAGCUCGAAAGUGCGCGUGGAGGCCACGGGCUGCACCCGGCGGCUGGUUGGUGCUGCAGCGGCGAAGGGGGACAGCGGGGAGUACAGCUGCGAGGCCGGAGGCCAGAGGGUCACCUUCCAUCUGGAUGUCACAG